AUGGAAACGUUUACUGUUAUCAACGUGGUGCAAGAGAACGCACCCCUAGAUAGAGGCGAGGUUGACGAGAAUUAUAUCCAGCUCAAAAUUUUGUUACACAAGUACAUCGGCAGCCGCCCUAGCCCGGAGUCUGCAAUUCGUUGGGAUUCACAGACCGUCGAAGGAGGAAGUAUCAUCUGGGUUGACUUCCCAAGGAUCAAGCAGGUUGCUUCCCCCUACCGCAGCAUGUGUGUAACAACAUUUCAAGACUUUCUUGCAACCACGAAUGUCCCGGAAGAUAAACAUGCCCUUGCAAUUCAGAAGUUAUUCGAGGCUAUUGACGCUGCCGUCUCGCCUGAUCUCCCAAUCAAUGUGGUGAUAUGUAACGUGACUUUGCAUGAUGGGACGACGGUUCCUGCAACAAGGGUGCCCAUUGAAGGCUUGGAAAGAGUGAGGGUUGAUGCCUUGGAAAUGGAAGAUGGAGAAACAUGUGCCAUUUGUUGGCUGGCUUAUGCUCGAGGGGAACAUCCGGUUUCUCAGUUGCCCUGCUCGCACUAUUUUCAUGAACAUUGCAUUGUCCAGUGGCUACAGAUCAAUCGCGUAUGUCCCAUGUGCCGAUUCGUAAUGCCAAACCAACCCUCACAGCCCUCAGCUUAA